AUAGGUGUCUGGUAAAGCUAGCCCACUGGCGCCACGGAAAAUAGGAAUGUGGCGAAAAGACAACCGUAACAAACGCAUGCUUGUUUAGUAUGUACACUUGGUAUUCAACAGUUAACAGUUCUCUCCUAACACUCAGCAUUACAAUCGACUUUUGUGUACAUUUGGAAUAAUUUGAACGUUGUUGAUCUUACAUUGUUUUAAAGAAGAUAACCAGCUAUCCUCAUCCAUAGACCAGAUUAUCUUCAUCAGCAAACCACACAACACACCGAUCUACUUAAGUCAGAUAAUACAUUUCAACUACUGUUAUCAGACGUAAGAAAUUUUUGGGCUACUUGAUGUAAGAUUUGCUAGUGCCAUCCAGUUUAUCUUUUUACUCGAUGGUGUUGUGCUACCAGAAACAACUGAUCCUUCUAUUUAGUGGAUGCUGCAAUAACAACUACUAUUACUGGUGAUGCUGUGUACUACAACUACUACUACAGAUAUGAUUAUGGUCAUUAAUCAUUAACUAUUUACCUAACCGAUGUUAGUGACCUUUUACAUAAGACUUAUGUUUUCAUAUUUACAGUGAAUCAAGAUUGUUCUGUUUAUGAAAAUAGAUUGAUACAUUAAUUACUGUGUUUGCGUAAAGAUCUUCUCGUCGAGAGACAGAUCAAACGGAGUUUCCUGAAGUAGAAAUUAUUUUAACUUGUGACAUUCGCAUCUUCAAGAAUUAAAUAUGGAAUUACCUGCGGAGCAACAACAUGGCGGCGCAUGGCUCCGUCCCGACCCUUCCAGAUUGGGCAAUGGCUUUGACUCCGCUACACCGGGGAUGCUGCCCUCUGAAGACAUUAGUGACAUGUUUUUUCCUCAUAGUUUGGACAGUAAUACAAGUCAUAUGAAUCCAGCCAGUUAUUAUUCAUCUCAGAGUCGAGCUAUGCACAGUUAUAGAGGUUCUCAUGGCAGUUCACAAGUUUGUCGACCACAUUUCCCCUCUCCUCUUCACCCGUGGAUCUCAGAAGCUAAGCCAGUUGUACCCCAUGCUCACUCGAGUUGGAUAAACCAUUUUAACAGCAAAUCCCUCAGUCACCCUAGUCCAACAGCUCCUCUUACAGUUCACCCUUCAUCCUCAGUCGGCACUACCAACAGUUUUAGUUUCCCACCAACACCUCCCAAAGAUGGUACCCCUGAUGCAACAGCUGCAGCAACGGCAAACUCUGAAUUCUCUCCCGAAAACAAACCGGCCAAAACAAGCGAGGACAACACAUUAUUAACAUCGUAUCCUAUCUCAUCAUCAGCCCAGUUUAAAUCCAAUGAAGAUGGACUCUCUCUUCUAUCCUCCUACCCCAGUGCACCAUCAUCACACCCCUUCUCUUCCUACCCCCCGUAUAUGACCGGAUCUGACUAUUCAGGAGGAGCACUAGGGUUCCACCCAGCUGGUGUGUAUCGAGCAUCAUCAUCUUUGUCAUCACGUGCACGAACAAAGACAAGGUCUAGUACAGAAGGAAGAGAGUGUGUAAACUGUGGGGCGACUUCCACGCCAUUAUGGCGUCGGGAUGGAACUGGUCAUUAUCUAUGUAAUGCAUGCGGUCUUUACCAUAAAAUGAACGGCUCUAAUAGACCUCUUAUCAAACCCAAACGAAGACUGUCGGCGGCAAGACGAGCAGGUACGAGCUGUUCUAACUGCGGUACAUCAACAACUACGUUAUGGAGACGUAAUCAUAAUGGCGAUCCCGUUUGUAACGCUUGUGGGUUAUACUACAAACUACAUAAUAUUAAUCGUCCCCUCACCAUGAAGAAAGAUGGCAUCCAAACCAGAAAUCGCAAGAUGUCGACUAAAUCAAAGAAAGGCAAGAAAGGAAUGAACUGUAUGUCUGAUUUCUUGAAACCAUUAGACAAACAAUUCGGUGGAUUUGGAUCACCUAACUUCAACCACGCGAUGCAUGCGCCCAUGCCCGCAUAUAAUUACAUGACAGGCGGAGGUUCUUUUGGUGGAGGGUUUAUGUCGUCUGGCGGGCAUCCUGGACAGAUGAUGGGAAGCUUGUCUUCAGGUUUCAACAAUUUCCCUACAUCAGGCUCAUUUAGUUCCUCCUUCAGCAGUAUACCGAGCAUACCAUCGUCAGGUCUUAACCUAUCCACAGCAACUAAUAUGGUGGGAGCCGCCAUGGCAUAAUGAGUGACGUCAUAUUAUUCAAACCAGGUCAAAAACACAAUCAAAAACCUCAAACGAAACGCAGUGUUGAACUGUGGCGAUUAGAAUGUUUUGUUUUGGUAUCUACAAAAACAUGCACAAGGUCCUAUCCUUGGUGAGUGCUCUUCAAUCAGACCUUAUCAUCGUACUACAGGAAGCAAGUGAGCUACUUGAAACUCUUCAAGACAAGUAAACUCAAGGAGACUCGGGAUCACGGUAUACCCGACUGUGCUACAAGUUUUCAUUUCACUCAAGUGAAUUGGUCUGGGCUUCGUGCUAAAAAUUUUGAUUUUCGCCUGUCGCCAAAAAUUUCGCCAACGUGAGCACUGACUGUAAAUGUGUGACAGUCACACAGCAGUUAGAAGGAAAUGUGUACAAUUUACAUUUGAAGCGCAAAGUGCAAGUGAACGCACAAUACGAGUGUGUUUACAGAUUGUUGUUAAUACGUAUAAAAAAAAGUUGUACAUGUUUUCUAUGAUCUAAAAUAUUGUAGCACGGCAUACAUGUUUGUGCUAAAUGAAAUAUUUAUUAUGGAAUGACAUCAGUGACACUAUUUCUAAUAAACUACCAUAGACACUGUGGGCAUUACAAACCUAAACUUGUGUAUAUAAAUAUGAGGGAUUUUGAAACAGUGCGUAAAAGGAACUGGGGGCUUGGAAUGUGCUGAGGUUUAUUUCCUCUCUUCUAUUCUAUGUCACUUGUGUAUUUUGAAGUAAAAUAAAAUAAAAAUAAUACUCGAAAUGAUCCUAUAAGUAUUUAAAUGUGAUGAACAAUGUUGAUAUAGUGCACCUUUAUGAAUGUCACAUCUUGAAUAUCAUAUUAUUAAUAUAUAAUGUAUACUAGUAUACAGUCAAAGACUGUUAAUGUGUACAUUGAAGAUUUCAGUUUAUAUUUUCCAAAAUAUUUUUGGGAAAGAAGACUAAAUAAAGCAAUGACUUUGAAUUAUAAUAAAAUUCUCAUUAUAAUCAUAUAUAUAUAAAGGUGUUGCAGGACUUGGCUUGUCUCCACAGGGUAUGAAAUAUUAACGUACCUCAUUAAUCCUGAUGAGAUUGAAAAUAUCAUUGUUAAAGAAUACCCACCUUCAAGAUACGCUCGCUGGUCAUUGUCAGAUUGUUGUAAAUUUUUCUCCUUCCUGGAGUUUGUUUAUAUAUUAAUAUUAUCAUUAUUUAUACGGUUGUACAUUGUUUUGUUUUUUUUUUCAAAUGAAAUGACACAAGGGUAUAUUUUAAAUGUAUAUUUCUUUUUUCCCUCAAUAUAAUUCUAGUCUAUUGACGUAAAAAGCAUUAUUAUAAUUAUCUAUAAUAUUUAUGUGACGUUUCCUUUUAUUUGAAUGGAAUAAAUUUAAACAAUUUAAUCUAAUAACAUAAAUAAUCUUAUAACAUACAUUGAGAUAAUUGUAAUGGCCAUACGAUGGGGUCGAAAUCUCUACGCAAUAAAUGAAAUGUUUUUCAUAUAAUGUUUGAAAUGAAAUAUAAUCACUAAAAUUAAAUGUUGACAUUUUAAAUGUAACAUUAUACUAGUUCUAUGAUAAAAUAAAACUGUAUAAUUAUUAAUAAUUACAUUCGUCUCGGAAAACAAACGGGAGGUGAAUUUUGUAACUGCCUUUGUAAAAUGUAAAAACCGGAUUCAUUAAGGUCACGAAACGAAUAUAAUAUGAAGUAGUGAACUUUUUUUCAUAGCUGUCAGCAAAAAAAUAAAACCCAACAAAAAACACACACAUAGAAAACACAGAAAAAAGUGGAUUGCUUUUGGGUUUGUAAGAAUAUUUUCUGUUUUACAAAUACUUGUAAACAGACAGAGAACACUUUGGCAAUACAUCACGCGAAACUGUUUACUUUACUCAAGUACAAAGAUACAAUUUUAGAUACCAUUACCCUCUUGGGUAUGGCUUGGUUGGUGCAAAGAGAAUAAAUAUAGAAUAUAUAGAUAUUUAACUUUACGGACGUCUUUUGUAAAUAUUUAUUAUAAAUCAAUCCAUUAUUGUUUUUAGAAAUGGAAGGACGAGCGUUAUAAGUGUGUCGAUUUUAAUCUCUCGAUUGUCAAGGCUGCUAGUAUCUUAAGGCAUUAGUGAAAGUCGUUAGAGAUGAUGAAAGACGAACACUUAGACGUUUCUGUCAAAUAAAAUGUAUUUUGUAUAUAUUAUACAUUGUAUUAUUAUUUCUGCUCAAAUUUUAUGUACAGAUAUUAAACAUAUCGGCAAUAAAACAGUGAAUGGCA